CGCUUUUUUCGAUGAAUCACACAUUACAGAAUCAGAGCCCUUGAUUUGGUACCUGCAAAUGCCGUUUGAUUCCAAUUCACAAGAACGAUAGAGAGGAAGAACACCAAAACAUAGACAACGACGGAGAAGAAGAGAGAACCAGCAAUUUCUAGCGAGAGAGCAAGCGAGCGAGCGAGAGAGAGAAAGGGAGAGGAUUCCAUUUGUCAUGAUCUCAUGUACAGGGACCUAUCGUCGCCGGUAUGAUCCACAACAGCAGCAGCACCAACAGCAACGGGAUGAUGUCUUCAUCAUCGGCGAACGCGCAAUCUCCAGGUCUUAAGACCUAUUUCAAGACUCCUGAAGGUCGUCACAAGCUCCAAUACGAGAAGACUCACCCUCCCGGUCUACUUCACUACGCCCAUGGAAAAUCCGCUACUCAGGCAACAGUUGCUCAUCUAAAGGACAAACCCUCACAAGUAUCACCUUCCCCAACUUCGAGCUUCAGCGCCGGCAGCGGAGUCAGAUCAGCGGCUGCAAGGUUAUUGGGUAGUGGGAACGGCAGCCGUGCACUUAGCUUUGUAGGAGGGAAUGGUUCGAGUAAAUCCCUCUCAGGGGCUGGUAGGAAUGGUUCAUUGGGGACUUCCAGUUCGAGUUAUAGCACUCCAGCUACUUCGAAUUAUGAUGGCAAAGGGACUUACUUGAUAUUCAAUGUGGGCGAUACCCUUUUUAUUAGCGACUUCAAUUCUCAAGAUAAGGAUCCUAUUAAAUCUAUCCAUUUCAGCAAUUCAAAUCCGGUGUGCCACGCAUUUGAUCCCGAAGCUAAGGAUGGGCAUGACUUGCUUAUUGGAUUGAAUUCUGGAGAUGUCUAUUCGGUGUCACUGAGGCAACAAUUGCAAGAUGUUGGAAAGAAGGUUGUUGGGCCUCAACAUUACAACAAAGACGGUUCCAUUAAUAGCAGUCGAUGUACUAGUAUUGCAUGGGUACCCGAAGGUGAUGGUGCUUUUGUUGUUGCUCAUGCUGAUGGAAACUUGUACGUUUAUGAAAAGAGCAAGGAUGGUGCUGGAGAUUCAUCAUUCCCUGUUAUCAAGGAUCAAACUCAAUUUUCUGUUGCCCAUGCGCGGUCCAGUAAGAGCAACCCAGUGGCCAGAUGGCAUAUUUACCAGGGUACAAUCAAUAGCAUUGCUUUCUCGAGAGAUGGAACAUAUUUGGCAACAGUUGGAAGGGAUGGUUACUUACGGGUAUUUGACUAUUCAAAAGAACAGCUAAUAUGUGGUGGGAAAAGCUACUACGGCUCUCUACUGUGCUGUGCUUGGAGCAUGGAUGGAAAGUACAUUCUGACUGGAGGUGAAGAUGAUCUAGUACAAGUUUGGAGCAUGGAAGACCGGAAAGUCGUGGCAUGGGGUGAGGGGCACAGCUCAUGGGUUAGUGGAGUCGCUUUUGACUCAUAUUGGUCAUCACCUACUUCAGAUGGCACAGGGGAAAAUGUCGUGUAUCGUUUUGGUUCUGUUGGUCAGGACACGCAAUUGCUUUUGUGGGACCUUGCAAUGGAUGAGAUUGUGGUGCCUUUGCGUCGAGUACCGCCUGGUGGUUCCCCCACAUUUAGUACUGGAAGCCAGUCAUCCCAUUGGGACAGCAUUUGCCCAGUGGGUACUCUCCAACCUGCUCCAAGCAUCCGAAAUGUGCCCAAGAUCUCCCCUGUGGUGACUCAUCGUGUGCAUGUGGAACCCCUCUCUGGCUUGAUAUUUACCCAAGAGUCUGUUGUCACUGUCUGCCGGGAAGGAAAUGUUAAAAUCUGGAUGAGACCUGGUUAUGCUGAAAACCAAUCAAGCAAUUCAGAGAAUUUGCCAACUUCCAGUUCAAAAGAGAAGUCACCAUUGUCAGGCAAAGUUGUCAGUGCCAGUUACAAGUAAUAACAAAGCAGUAUACACCAUUGUCAUACUAAGUUGAGGGUUUUUUUGCAGGAUUGCAUCGCCAUUUGCUAAUAUGACUAUUUAGUGCAUUUCCAUCCAAUGGGUGCUCUCAGAUUGAGCACUUUGUAAACUUAUAAGGUCAUUGGGUCCAUUACCCAAUGCGCUUACAAUGAGAUUUAACAGCCGCGUUUCCAUUGUAUAUUAGUAGGGAUAGAAUGCCAGUGAUGGCUGAGAGAAAAAGAAAGGGUGGGGAGAGGGGUGUUGUAAGCAAAAGGGCACAAGUUAUACAAAACAACCAACUAUAUAUUGCUAACGACUGAAAGAAAUAAUGGAUGUUCAUCUUGUUCGAUUUCUUCUG